GCCAUUUUGGACUCUGAAAGAGCCCAAUGUGAAAGAACUGAAACCCAGAACAAUUUAUAUCCAAAGAACAGUGAGAGACGGUUGGAACCAGUGAAGUAGGAACCCCAUGUGACUGUCCACCUGUAUGACGCCUAUAGGAAACUUUUUCUCAGGUGUGAAAUACGCUUGCGCAAAUGUUUCCAGUGCCUAGGUCAAAUUGAGAAACGUCGGAAAUCACGGGGUUGUGCUCCAUCUCCAGGGGCUUAUGAUGUUAAAACUUCAGAAGUAUUGAAAGGACCUGUAUCCUUUCAGAAAUCACAACGAUUUCAAAAAAAAAAAGGUAAUGGAUCCCAAAAUAAAAAAUGGUUAUAUGAUCUCACAUAUUUUAAAAUUAUGAAUAGCAGUAUUUAAAUUUAAAUAUAUAAUGUUUCUAAAAAUGAGAAGUUAGAACUAUAUUUAAAUUUUCUUAUUUGAUGAAUUUAUGAAAGGAUCAAGUACAGAAUAAUACCUUCAUCAUUACAUUGCUGUAUAAGCAGCAAAAUUUAACAAGACAUUCACUUACAUAUAUAGUUUCCCCUUUUGGUAAUUCCUUUAACCUUUCUAUUAGGGAAUAUUAGGAAAAUCAGGAAGAUGUUAGAUAUGUAUAAAAUCUUGUGCAACUAAUUAUUUGGAAAUGUAUAAUCAAGACAAGAAUAACUUUGUAUUGCUACAGUAAUAGUUACAAUAAGGUAUUUGGAUGUUUUAUCUGUGGUUAAAAACAUGUAAGCACCAGCGAUGAUCUGUACAAUUCAUUUUUCUGCAGCUUUAGCAGAAACUCAACAAAAUCUUACUUUUGACAAAGAUACUACCAGCUUGCCUGCUUCAGCAAAAAAAGUGAAGACUUCAGGAUUAAAGAAGGAAUCUCAAAAGAAUGAUAAAAAUUUGAAGAUACUGGAAAAAGAGAUUCGUGUUCUUGUGCAAGAACGUGGUGCUCAGGACAAGCGGAUCCAGGAUCUGGAAGCUGAGUUUGAGAAGACGGAAGCAAAGCUAAAUGCUGCAGUCAGGGAAAAAACUUCUCUCUCUGCAAAUAAUGCUUCACUGGAAAAACAGCUUAUUGAAUUAACCAGGACUAACGAACUUUUAAAAUCUAAGUUUUCUGAAGAUGGUAACCAGAAGAAUAUGAAAAUUCUAAGCCUGGAGUUGAUGAAACUAAGAAACAAAAGAGAAACAAAGAUGAGGAGUAUGAUGGCUAAACAAGAAGGUAUGGAGAUGAAGCUGCAGGUCACCCAAAGGAAUCUUCAGGAAUCUCAGGGGAAAAUAGCACAACUUGAGGGGAAACUGUGUUAUGAGGAGCACAGUGAUGAAGCAGGUGUCUCUGUAGAAAAAGAAAAGAUUGAUGAAAAAUCUGAAACAGAGAAACUCUUAGAAUACAUUGAAGAAAUUAGUUGUGCAUCAGAUGAAGUGGAAAAAUACAAGGUAGAUAUUGCCCAGUUAGAAGAAAAUUUAAAAGAGAAGAAUCAUGAAGUUUUAAACCUUAAGCAGUCUCUUGAGGAAAACGCUGUUAUGUUAUCUAAACAAGUAGAAGACCUGAAUGCUAGAUGUCAGCUGCUUGAAAAAGAAAAAGAUGAUCUUGUCAUCCGGGAUAGAGAACAAGUUGAAAAUCUAAAUGCUGAGAUACAAAACUUAAAAGAGAAGCUUAUUCUUGAAAGACAAGAACAUGAAAAGCUACAACAAAAAGAGUUGCAAAUUGAUUCACUUCUGCAACAAGAGAAGGAAUUAUCAUGUAGUCUUCAGCAGAAACUGUGUUCUUUUCAAGAGGAAAUGAUUAAAGAGAGGAACAUCUUUGAAGAAGAAUUAAAACAAGCACUGGGUGAAUUAGAUGAAUUACAGCAAAGAGAGGAAGAAGCUGAAAGGCUAGUCAAGCAACUGGAAGAGGAAACAAAGUCUAAAGCUGAAGAACUAAGAUUCCUACAAGAAAAGCUAAAAGGGAAGGAAGCUGAACUGGAGAAAAGUAAUGCUGCUCACACUCAGGCCACCCUGCUUUUGCAGGAAAGGCUUGAUAGUACAGUACAAAACCUUGGAGAUGUUACUGCUCAAUUGGAAAGCUAUAAAACAUUAACAACUAGUGAGAUAGAAGAUCUUAAGCUGGAGAACUCAUCACUACAGGAAAAAGUGGCCAAGGCUGAAAAAUGUACAGAGGAUGUUCAACAUCAGAUCUUAGCAACUGAGAGCGCAAAUCAAGAAUAUGCGAGGAGGAAAGAAGGAAAAAAGAGUCGCUAUAAGUGUUUAAUGGACACUUCUUUCUCAAACCCAAGGAUGCUUCUAGAUCUGCAGACCAAAUCAGCACUUAAAGAAGCAGAAAUUAAAGAAAUAACAGUUUCUUCUCUUAAAAAAAUAACUGACUUGCAGAACCAACUCAAGCAACAAGGUGAAGACUUUAAGAAACAAUUGGAAGAAGAAGCAAGAAAAGCUGGAAAAGAAAAUACAGUGGAAGAAUUAACUGAGGAAAUUAAUAAGUGGCGUCUCCUUUAUGAAGAACUGUAUAAUAAAACAAAACCGUUCCAGCUACAACUGGAUGCAUUUGAAGCAGAGAAACAGGCUUUGCUGAAUGAGCAUGGUGCAGCUCAGGAACAGCUGAAUAAACUAAGUGAUUCGUAUGCUAAAUUAUUGGGUCAUCAGAAUCUAAAGCAAAAAAUCAAGCAUGUUGUGAAAUUGAAAGAUGAAAAUAGCCAGCUCAAAUCGGAAGUGUCAAAACUCCGCUCUCAGCUUGCUAAGAAAAAACAAAGUGAGACAAAACUCCAAGAGGAAUUGAAUAAAGUUCUGGGUAUCAAGCACUUUGAUCCUUCAAAGGCUUUUCAUCAUGAAAGUAAAGAAAAUUUUGCCCUCAAAACCCCAUUAAAGGAAGGUAAUACAAACUGCUGCUGAACACCUAUGGAGUUUCAAGAAUCAUGCAAGUAACAUCUGAAAAUCCUGCUAAAGAUUAUUUUUUUUUUAUUGCUAAUAUUAUUAUUAUGUUUAUAAUGUUGUAUAUAAUUUUAACUGCCUAUCCUUAGGUAUGUGGAAGGAGGUUCAAUAUUUUUUACCAAUACUCCUGAUAUUUUCUAUUGUGAGUAUUUUAUUGAUACUCACAUUUAUCUACUCAUUUUAAAACUUCUAACUGGGUUUCCAGUUUAUAACUCAUCCCAUCAAAUCAAUCUUCCUUUAAAAAUCACUAUCAUAUCAUUAUCCCCCUAUUCUGAAACCUUAGAUGGUUUCAAGAUUCUAAUCCCAGGUUUUUUUAGCUUGAUCCUAGAGGCUUCUUUUUGAACCCACCUUUUUAGCUAAGCUAAAGGACCUUAGCUUGGUCUUGCCUUCACUUUGAUUGCCCUAAUAAUAUUCAUUCUGCCCUGCAGUUCAGUUCAAAUAAGAAAUAAGGAGAAGCUUAACUCCACAGCAGUCGCUGUUUCUUACAAGUGUCACUCAGGUUGUUCAAUAAUUCAUUGAAGAUUCCUAGGUGCCAUCCAAAAUCUACUAAAUUAAAAUCUGGGGUUUGGCCUGUAAAUCUGCACUUUUAACAAACUCUGCAGUUAAUUCUUAGAUACACUAAAAUCUGAGAAACUGCUUGUUACUUCUUUAGAGAAUUUUUCUUCUACUGCUCAUCAUCUGCCUAUCUACUGAGUGUUCUGUUAGUACUUGUGUGAUAUGAAAUAAAAGCACCCAGUAAAUCAUUGACCCAAUUAUUCAACCUGCAUUUUAUGAAGUUAAAUUAUGCUUCUGUUUAAGAUAUAUUUAUUGUCUCUGCGUUCUCUGCCCUCGUUCAUCCCCAGAAUCACAAAUGGUAGCAUACUAUUUGGAAAGUGGUAGAUCUUCCUCUAAAAUGUCUGAUUUGCAGUUGGUAGCAUAUUAUAAGCCUUCUCUGUUGUGAUGUUUCCCCAUUGAUGGCCCAACAAAAACCAUUACAAUCAGAAUAACCAAAAAACAAAAACAAACCCAUUGCCAUCGAGUUGAUUCAGACUCACUGCGACUCUACAGGACAGAGCAGAACUGCCCCCUACAGUUUCUAAGGAGCAGCUGGUAGAUUUGAACCACUGACCUUUUGGUUAGCAGCCGAUCUCUUACCCACUGCACCAUCAAGCCUCCACAAUCAGAAUAGCUUUUUAUUAAUUAAUUAAAUUUUAAUAUAUGGUUGAAUUUUAAGAUGUGAUAUUUAAGUUCAGAGGAAAUGCAGAAAUUGAAAAAAAAUUGAUAAAAUCAAAUAGCUAAAGACUUCCACUUUUAACUAAGAUGGAAUAACAAGGACAGGAUUUAUUGCUACUCCUGCUCCCCCAAACACAUACCUAAAACAACCAAAAACUAGACAAAAUAUAUAAAACAACGAUUUUCAAGACACUGGACAACAGGUAAUGAAAGACAGUAAUCAUGAGAAAUGUAAAACAAUCAAGGUGAGCAUUACAGUUGCCCCCAACUUACUGCCUUGAGAAAAUUCCCAGACUGUGAUGCAGGGAAUAGGAACAUAGUUAGAGCCCACCAAACUACCUGAGUUGAAAAGAUUCAGCUGAGAUCUGCAGACACUAAAGUGGCUAGAGUUUACAGGACAAGUACUGGAAUUGCCCAGAGAGAUAACUCCAGAGGACUGCACAGAGUCCCUCUCAGGUAUUCACCUGAAUACUGACCAACACAUGCAUAUGAGGAAACUACCUAAGGCCUGGGAAAGAACCAGCUGAAAGGAUUAGAAGUACUAGUACCUGAAGCUCACACAAAGACAAAUGCUGGUUCCCAUCAGCCAGACUGGAAAACCUCAUGAUUUAAGAGGUACUGUGUAGGAUAUACGAAAGCGUCUUAACUCAGUAAUGGGGAAUAAUUAGCCUAAACUGAGCACUACUGUAGUCCCACCUAACAAAACUUAAAAAGAAGACCUGAAAUAAUGAAUGAUUUCUAAAAAAAAAAAACUUACCUGCAUCCCAGAACAAAGCUCAAGAAUAUUUAUUGGGAUAUAGAAAUAUCCAGUACCCCACAAAGUAAAAUUCACAAUUUCUGUCAUCAAAUCAAAGAUGACCAGACUUGCAAAGAGGCAGGAAAACCCUGCCCAUAAUGAGCAUAAUCGACCAACCUAGAACCAGGGCUUUGAACCAGUUCUGCCCGGUUCAGUCAUGGCCGAGGAAGCAUCACCGGAACAGACCUAAAUUUUUUAGAUUUAGAGGAAAGGAAAUAAUAAAGAUCAGAGUGGAAAUCAAUAAACUAUAAAAGACAAUACAGAAAAAUCAAAAAGUAGUUUGUUCUUUGCAAUCAAUAAAAUUGAUAAACCUCUAGUAUAGACUGAUCAGGAAAAAGCAGGCACAAACUACCAAUAAUAGGAAUAAGAAAGAUGACUUCAUUACAGAGUACAAAUACUAAAAAGUUAAUAAGAAAAUAUUACAAACAACUUUAUUUAAAAUGUCAGAUUCUAUUUAUUAGCAUUUUUCAUAGAUAUUUGGAACAGUUUCAAAAUGUAUUCCCAAAUUCUGCUUACCUCUGUAACACUAAUCCAAGGUACCUUAAUUUCUUAGAAGCACCUAGUCUUGGAAAACCAUAUCUUGGGAGUUAUUCAUGGUUAAGGAUUAAUGAAAAUGUACAAGCACUGAGCUCCUAAAGACCAGGCUUCUGCUUAGACCUUAACCGAUCAAAUUUAUUCCAAUUUUCCUCCUAUUGCAUGUAAUAUUUUCCAAAGAUGGCUUGUGACUAGGGUGAAAGUGACACUGUACCUUCAGAAGUUAAGUCAUCUGUAUUGCUGUUGAAACGAAUUACCACAAAUUUAGCAGCUUAAGACGAUGUAAAUUUAUUAUCUUACAGUUCUAGAGGUCAGAAGUUCAAAAGGAGUCAUACAGGGUUUACAUCAAGGUGUUGGCAGGACUGGUUCCUUCUGGAGGCUCCAGAGUAGAAUCAUAUCCUUGCCUUUUCUAGUUUAUAGAGGUCACCUGCAUUCCUUGGCUCAUGGCUCCUUCUUGUGUCUUCAGAGUACAUCACUUCAAGCUCCACUUCCAUUGUCACUUCUCCUUCUCUGACUCUGACCCUUCUGCUUCCCUCUUAUAAAGAACCCAUGUGAUUACAUUAGGCCCACUCAGAUAAUCCAGGAUAAUUUUCCCAUCUAAAGAUCCUUAAUUUAAUCACAUCUGCAAAGUCCCUUUUGCCAGCUUCCAGAGAUUAGGAUAUAGACCUCUUUGGGGGCCAUUUUUCUGUCUACCACACUCAUCAGAGGUGAUACACCUUCUGCCUGGUGUUCUUUGACACUUGCUCUUUGAACCCAGGCACCAUGCUGUGAGAAAGUAAGACAGCCACAUGGAAGGGCCAUGUGUUCCAGUCAUAGUCCCAACAGUACUAAAUAAAAUCGUCUACUUUCAGAGUUGGGGGGCCACAGCAAGGUUCUCUUUUCCAACCUUAUCUAGGCUUAUAAUGUCACCUAACAAUUCUGUUUCUUUCUCCCAUUUUUAAUUUUCCUCAAACAUCAGACUUAAGUACCUCAGCAGAUGAUGGCAACUCCUACUUCACAAAAAAAAUAGAAAUAAUUGAGGUUGUUAACCCUUGUCAUAGGGCAAUAUGUGUACUGACUGUUUAAUGAGAAACUAUUUGUUCUGUAAACAUUCAUCUAAGGUACAAAAAAUAAAGAAUU